UAAAUUCCUCUUCUCCUUCUUCAUUUCCUCCUCAUCAUUCACACACACACACACACACUGUCUUUCUUUCUCUCUGUCUUUCUCCAUAUCUCCUCUCGUUUUCAACACUUGUGAGAAAUAUGACGAACCAGAAUGUCAUCGUCUCCGACAGAAAUCCCAUCUUGGGUUCAAAAACCAUCACAGUCUCUGUCUCUAACUCUCCCCUGUUCUCUUCACCUCCCACUUACUUUACCUUCCCUCGUCGAAAGUUCUUGGAACUUCUUGAAGCAGCUGACAAAAACAACAACAACAAGAACAAUCUUGGUGCUGGAAAGAUUUCAUCGUGGGUUGAUUCCAUGCGUGAUUCUUCUCCUACACGUCUCAGAUCCUCUUCUCGUGACUCUGACUCAGACAACGACGAAAAAACAUCUUGGAUCGUUAGAUUUCCAUCAGCUUUGAAUAUGUUUGAUAAGAUUAUGAAUGCUGCAAAAGGGAAACAAAUUGUGAUGUUUCUUGAUUACGAUGGGACGCUUUCUCCUAUAGUUGAAGAUCCCGACAAAGCUUACAUAACACAUGAGAUGCGAGAGGUUGUAAAGGAUGUGGCUCUAAACUUCCCUACUGCUAUAGUCACUGGACGAUCCAUUGAUAAGGUUCGUGCUUUUGUCAAACUCAACGAGAUUUACUACGCUGGAAGCCAUGGCAUGGACAUUGAAGGACCUACCAACGAAAAUAGUUACGGCGAGGGAGUGCUGUUUCAACCUGCUCGUGAGUUUGUACCAAUGAUCGAGAAGGUGGUUAAGAUUUUAGAAGAAAAGACAAAAUGUAUCCCUGGGGCUAUGGUGGAGAACAACAAGUUUUGUCUGUCCGUACAUUUUCGACGUGUUGAUGAGAAAAUAUGGGCCGCAUUAGCCGAACAAGUGAAAUCAGUUCUAGUUGAUUAUCCAAAGCUGAAACUAACCCAAGGUAGAAAGGUGCUUGAAAUCCGCCCCACAAUCAAAUGGGACAAGGGCCAGGCCCUCAAUUUUUUGCUAAGAUCAUUAGGAUUCGAACAUUCGGAAAAUGUUGUUCCGGUGUAUAUUGGAGAUGACCGUACCGACGAAGAUGCGUUUAAGGUUUUACGUGAAAAGGGACAAGGUUUUGGGAUUCUUGUCUCAAAAGUUCCAAAGGAAACCAAUGCCUCUUAUUCUCUUCAAGACCCUUCUCAGGUUAAUGAGUUUCUGAAGCGUUUGGUAGACUGGAAGAGGAAGACAGUUGGGGAAGAGUGAAACAAAAUACCACAUUAAUACCUGAGUUUAUUUCUAAAUUUUGAGGAGAAUAUUUAUAUUGUCAACCUUUUAAGAAAACUAGUAGAUGCUUAGAGGGUGUUUCGGCCAGAAGUAUCUUAACUUUUCUACAUGGAUCCAGAAAUUGUAAAUUUCGUGUAACGAUUCAGAAAAGGGAGAAAAUGUAUUAAUACAUUCUCCGACGUUUAUCUUCAUUUCCAACUUCUUGUGCCUCGUCAUAACUUAAUACUUUUUUUCUACCGUUCACUGUUUAAUCAGUGAAUAUGGGAUGAUGUUGUCGAUAUGAGAAGUUUUUACACGUAGUAUCUUUUACA